UCCAAUAGACUGGGUCUGCAAACGUUAUAAUUAGUGCGCUCUCGAUUUUUUAAGUUGCUUAGUAAAUAUUUCUAUGAAAUUUGGGUGAUAUCCAAAUAAAUUACGAACGAUUUGCAUCUGUGAAAACAUAUAUGCUCUUGGACAUCGGUUAGUUGCUGGAAAAAGUUUGUGAAGAUGGUGAAGCAGCUCCGCUGGGGCGUGUGCGGCACCGGCAUGAUCGCGCACGACUUCCUCACUGCCCUCGGGACGCUGCCCGCAGACCAGCACCGCGCGUGCGCCGUCGCCGGCAAGGAACGGGAACGGACACAGAGACUUGCGAGUUUACACCAAGCGAGGAUGCACGAGUCAUAUGAGGCGCUCGCUGCCGAUGACAACAUAGACAUAGUAUUCGUGAGCGUGCUAAACCUGCAACACUACGAAAUAACCAAGCUGAUGCUCGAGCACGGCAAGCACGUGCUCUGCGAGAAGCCCAUGGGCAUGACACACAAACAGACACAGGAGCUCGUCAACACGGCGAGGGCGCGGAAACUGUUCCUGUUGGAGGGCAUGUGGUCGAGGUUCUUCCCGGCCUACGAUGCUCUGGACAAGCACAUCGCUGGGGGAGGCUUGGGAGAUGUGUAUCAUGUCAAUGUGCAGUUCGGGGUCGAGAUCAAUGAUAUUGAGAGGAAUUUAAUGAAAGACCUCGGCGGCGGCGCGGUCCUCGACCUCGGCCUCUACAUGCUCCAACUGGUCCAAUGGAUCUUCAAAACACCGCCUUCAGAUGUCGUGUGUACGGGGCAUACGAGCAAUACCGGCGUGGAUGAGUCUGUGUCCUGUGCGCUGAAGUAUCCUGAUGGGAAGACGGCGACUAUUGCGGCGCACACGAGGGUCGCUAUGGGGAAUAAGGCUGAGAUUGUCGGCACUAAAGGCUCGGUCACUCUGGAGUACUUCUGGUGCCCGACGGCGCUCCGCCUGUCGGCCGCCAACAGCACGGAGUGGACGCUCCCGCGCGGCCGCUUCAACUUCCACUUCCACAACAGCGCCGGCCUCUCCUACCAGAUACAGGAGUGCUACGACUGUAUUACACAAGGUUUACUGGAAAGUCCAAAGUUGCCACUAGAUGAAAGCAUACUCCUGUCAAAGUUGGCGGGUACCAUGCGCUCGCAACUGGGCGUGCUAGACGACCAACUAUAAGGCAUUUACCCUAGCCCCACCUGCCUUUACCGGCUCAUUUACCUCUGACAACAAGAGGCUAGUACAACGAACAGUUCCAAUUGUACAGUCUGCAAUAAUAUCGUCUUGGACAGCGAAGCGCGCACAAUAUCUGACACACAUUAUGACUAGUUGACUAAAGCUCAUGUUAUACAGGUUGGCCGGAAAAUACGACAAAAAAU